AUGGAACAAAAAAUUAAGUCACUCAUAUUUUUAGAAAUUGCUACUUUGAUCCUUUUAACGUGGAUAAGUAAUUUUAUCUGUGUUGAGAGUACGUAUAAUAAGUUACUGGAUAAAAAUUACAGUCAUUGUAAAAAAUUCUCUAUAAGAAGUUAUCGAUUACUAGCAAAAUGUGUACAAAAUGAGAAUUCAAGUAUUAUAGAUUUAAAAGAAGAGAUACCGAAUAAUGGGAAGCUCCCUCCACAAGAUAUAUCUAAUAAUGAAAAAGGUAUCAAAGAAAAAAAGAAACCGUUCAAUAGAAGUUCGUUAAAUAAGACAAAAUUCUAUGCAGAAGUCACAGAUUAUGAUAAUGCAAUGUUUGAUGGAAAACAUUUCCAUUAUGAAAAAAAAUGGAUCGAUAAAAAAAAUUAUGACAAUUUUGUUAAAAAAGAUAGGGGAGCAAGAUAUAUGGCCUUACGAAAAUUAAAAUAUACAGGAUAUAGAUUAGUUUUUGCUAUAUUUUUUGUUUUUCUGUUGUUCGGAAUAGGAUUACCAACAAUACAGUUUACAGAGGUUUUCAAUAAUAUAGGAACAUUCUGGACGAGUACACUGGGGCUUCCGUCUAUAAAGGACUGGGGAGCUCCAAUAAGCAGAGUACUUUCAGAUGUUAUAUUAGAUAAUUCCUUUCUUAUAUCAUAUGUUAUUUCUCUAGUUUUGUUAGGCCUUGUAAUUGCAUUACUGGUUCCUAAAAUCUUUAUAAAUAAUGAAAAAUAUAAGAAACUUAAGUUGAGGAAGGAGAAUUAUGGAUAA